AUGGCGGAAGGGCGCUUUUUCUCGUUGCUUCUGGUGGCGUGUCUACUGGCAAAUGCCCUUAGUGCACCCUCAGAUGUAUACAGAUGGAGAAGAGGAGAUAAUGAUGUGGACUCUAGGGAGGAUUACAAUGGGAGAUCGGUAUCGACCACCACCUACUCCCCCGCGGUAGAGAAGUUCGACGAUGAUGACGAGGACUUCAGCGACAACACCACGUCUCCUCCGUCUGGUAGUAACAUCUUCAGCCUGCUCCGUCUGGCCGGCGCGCUCUUACCAGGCCUCAGCGCUUCUAAUAACCCGUCGUCUACAUCAAGCGAGACGCCCUCGUCUCCUCUUUGGACGCUGAAGAUGGACAUUCUCCGAGCGAUCCUGCAGUUCGGCACUAGCGUGUUGGGCAUGGCUUUUUCAUCUUCUUCAGCAGCCGCCACCACACCUUGACGAAUGCUGCUCCGUAGCCCAUUAGUGCCAUUAUAGUUAUGAAGCUUUAGUCGUUAUAAGAAUCCGUAACUGAAUAUUUUUAUUACAUGAUUUGCUUUUAUUAUCAUUGAUGUCACGUAUCCAAGAGAUACCUUGACUUGUAAAUGGAGUUAUUAUUAUUUAUGACAAAUUGUUUCUCUAUAAGUACCCAAAAUUGAAUAUUUUUUGUCCAAUAUUUGCUAUAAUUAACCAAGUAUCCAAGAGAUACCACUGAGUUGUAAGGAAGGAGAAUUAUUCUUUCUGACAUUUUUUCUUUAUAAGGAUAUAU